AUGGGUACAUGCAAAGUUGCUAUCAUACAGCUUUGUCCGAAGCCUAAUGAGAUAGAAGAAAACCAUCGAAGAGCGGUCUCAUUUAUCCAGGAAGCGGCCACGAGCGGUGCCGAUUUGGCGGUUCUUCCAGAAUAUCACCUAGCAGACUUCUUUCCCAGCCACGACCCGGCAAUUAGACAAAAGUGUGCCAAAUGGAAGACCUACCUAGAUGCGUACUGUGAUCUGGCCAAAGAAUGCAACAUUUGCAUCGUACCUGGUUCCCUUGGAGAAUUGCAUGACGACAAUACACUCGUCAAUGCAACCUAUUUCAUCGACAACAACGGAAACAUUAGAGGCAAAUACGAAAAGAAAAAUCUCUGGCAUCCAGAGCGACCAUUCGUCAAGAGCUCUAAAAAUGACAGUCGUCAUCUUGCAUUUGACACGCCUUUGGGCAAGGUUGGAAUGCUUAUUUGCUGGGAUUUGGCCUUCCCUGAAGCAUUUCGAGAGCUUAUCAUACAGGGCGCAAAGAUAAUCAUUAUACCCGCUUUCUGGAAAUACAGUGACGCAUCGGAUGUUGGGUUGAAGCACAAUCCCAAGUCGGAGGGUGCAUUCUUGGACGCCGCUGUCGUGAGUCGCGCGUUCGAGAACACUUGCGCUGUUUUGUUUUGCAAUGUUGGAGGGCCGUCGAGUGAGGGGUUUGCUGGGCUCUCUCAAGUUGCAAUGCCAUUUCUAGGCUGCGUGGAUAAAUUUGGGAAUAGCGAUGAGGGGAUGAGAAUUGUUUCUCUCGAUAUGAAUAUCUUAGAGGAAGCUGAGGUUGCCUACAAGAUUCGGGAAGAUAUGGCCACUGCAGAUUGGCAUUAUGGCUACCGGCAGUAG